AUGGGUAGAUCGUUUUAUGGAGACGCCGAGUUCGUCGAGACCAAGCCUGGUUACAAGGGUGAGAUCUCAGAAGCUCUCAAGGAGAAGGAGUCUCUUCAUGGAAACAUCUCCUUCGUCGAAGGUAUGGGUGUCAGAACUACACCAUACUUGGAAUCUUUGGUGAACCAGGGUAAGACUUUCCUUCAGGACAAAUUCUCGAUUGUUGGUGCUGAGGUUGGUACUCAAGUGUCUGCUGCUCGUAAUGAGAUCAGAUCUUUGACUGAACUGGCUGGUGCAUUGAUCCAAGAGCCAGAUAAGGUUUUGGAUGUGACCAUUCCAACCUUGGUGAGUGCUAUUAUGGUGAACAACAGAGCUGCUCCAUUGAGGAUUUUCUUCCCUAUCACAGUAUCUGCUGUUGCUUUUAGAAUUGCUAUGCCAAAGACAUACGAGGCCACCAAGGGUAAAGUCUUGGAUUGGGAGAAGGAGAGAUAUCCAGAAGCUUACCAGCUGCAGCUGGACCUUGCUAAGUCUGGAAGAGAAUUGGCAGAGCAGUUCCGCAGAGUUCGUGAGCAGUCGAAGCUAGAUUUACAGCAGCAUGUGCAUGACGCUAGGGUUUACCUAACAGACCUUUGGAAAGACGAGGAAUAA